AUGCCGGCACCCUCGUUCCCACUAGCCAGCCUCCCGGCAACACUUUUCACAGCACCAAUUCCAGAAACAGUCGAUCAUGUGCAGAUUGCCAAAGAUUGCAUCGAUAGACUUGCUGCAAAUGAUGUAUCUGUUCUGGCUCCCGAUACUGCUCACUGGCGAGACCUGCUCGCCAUGACCUCCACCUUGAGGACCUUCACGAGUGGCAUCUCAGCUGGGGCAGCCUGGCGAGACAUUACGGCUUUGCAUAAACCUUCUGGCUUUAAACUUGAGAAAGAGAGCGUAGUGGUCGUCAGAAAAGGGCCCCUAUCUUCCAUAGACGCCCGAUUCCAUUUUACGAAUGGGUUGCAGCCACGCGGACGCUGCCUUGGGCUGGUCAAGAUCGCCCCAGACGUCGUACAUGGGGAGGAGACAGAUGGGGAAUACAAGAUCUGGUCCCUGAGUACAAUCCUUGAGAGUAUUGACGGCUACGGGGAUCCAGACAUCUAUCCCCUUAAUCUCCUUGGAAAAGGGACAUUAGAUCCUCGAAACGGAGAUUCGCACCAUGAACCAUCGCAUUUUGACGCCCUUGUUGUCGGCUUUGGUCCAUCCGGUCUGUCUACCCUGGCAAGACUUAAGGCUUUAGGUGUCAACGCCAUCGCUUGCGACAAGACUCCUCAAGUCGGUAUGAAUUGGACAGAUCGUUAUCAUUCUCUACGGUUACAUACACCGAAAGCCCAGAAUUCACUACCCUUCAAUUUCAAGCCGCCUGAGAAUGCUCCAUAUUAUCUGGGAGCCGAAGAUCUGAAAGAAUAUUACCAAAGCUUCGUGGAUCGAUAUAAGCUAGCUGACAGCCUGUGGCUAUCAACGACCGCCGAGCAUGUCAAGUUCAACAGUGACAAGACCUCAUGGACCGUCUCGCUGAACCAGUCUGGGAACCAACGCACCAUAGUAGCGAGGCACGUUGUUUUCUGUAUAGGUUUCACUGGCCGCCAGGCUAGAGUCCCAGUGUUUCCAGAUCGUGAUGAGUUUACAGGAGAGGUGCUCCAUUCUGUUGACUACAUUAGUGCAUCUCAAUGGGCUGGAAAACGAGGUGUUGUUAUCGGAACAGCAAACACUGGGCAUGAUGUUGCUGAGGAUAUGCUGCAUGCCGGCAUGGAUGUGACCAUGGUGCAGCGAUCUCGCACGGCUGUCCUCAAUGUUGAAAGAUUACCACUUCAUCAAGCUUUCCACAAAGGAGUCAACGUGCCAGAUGUUGAUAAGUCGUUUUUCACGAACCCACUCGCCAUCGAAAGAGUCUUCAUGAAGGAGGUGGCUCGUCAAAUGGCCCUUCAAGAUAAGGAAAGGUUUGAAAAGCUCGAAGAAAAUGGGUUCAAGGUAAACCGGGAGGCAGAUCUCACCCAAAUUCUCUUUGAGAAAGCGGGUCGUCAUUACAUGGACGUCGGUGUCUCGCAGAUGAUUAUAGAUGGCAAGAUCAAGGUCAAAUCCGGGAGUCCACUCACAGGUUUCAACUCCCGUGGGCUGAGCUUUGCAGACGGCAGCAAGGUCUCGGCUGAUGUCGUCGUUUUUGCAACUGGCUACGAGAGUAACAUGAAGAUGGCGGUCUGCAAGUUACUGGACCCCGAGGUUGCUGACAAGCUAGACGAGUGCUGGCUACUGGACCGCGAGGGCAAUCCACGAGGCUCUUGGAAGCCCAUCGGACAUCCAAACAUCUGGUACUGUCCUGGAGAUAUUGGAACAUCUCGGUUCUUUUCACGUUUCUUGGCACUGCAGAUCAAAGCUGAAGUUGAAGGUACCCCUUUCAGGCCAUAUGAUAAGUGA